AUGGAUCCCGGUCUUGAUAAAUUUUUCUCUGUUCUCGGUGUUUUGAUUUGCAUUGUCGGUUCCGUCGGAAAUCUAUCCGUGCUGCUGGCCUUUCUCGUGCAGCGUCGUCUGAGAACGAAGGUCAAUGGCCUUCUGGUGAGUUUGGUUGUCUCUGGUCUCCUGCUAACGGGAAUCUCGAUGCCUCUUGAGGUGGAACUGCAUAUUAGAUCAGAAUUCAUUCACGGUCUCGUCACUUGCGAAUUGAUAUACGCCACUCACCUUAUAGCCUUAACAUCUUCGUCGCUUAACCUGCUGGUCAUCAGCAUCUAUCGCUACCUUACUAUUGCAUACCCGUUCUUCAUGAACCGUGUAAGCCAAAACCACAUCGCAUUAACAAUCACAGUGGUUUGGCUCUACUCAGGAAUCACUAGUUUUUUGCCAUUGAUGGGCUGGCGGAGUGUUCCAACAAGUAUUUCGGGCAAUUUCUGUAAUUUUUCCUUUGAGGUAGAAUACAUUCUUUUCGUCAUGAGUGUAAACUGGUUGUUACCGGCGAUGCUCGUUUUUGUUUUCUAUGGACUGAUCUUCCGAAUCGCCCGAAUUCAAGCCAUCAAGAUCCUAGAGCACCAAGUGCUGGCGGAAUACGAGCGAGUUCGCAGUCCACUCAUCAAGGGAGCUAAAACGUUGGCCAAGAUUGCUGCUGUCUACAUCAUAUGCUGGUUUCCUUACGUAAUUUAUGUCAUCAUCACAAACUCCCUUGGAAGGCAUUUGUUACCUUAUGAAGUGCAUUAUACGUUUGUAUUCCUUUGUUAUGCGAGCGCUGCGAUAAACCCGAUUUUGUAUGGGUGGCUUCGUAACGAUUUCCGAGAGGUGUUUAGUAAAAGUACUGCAAGAGCCUGCAGUUGGCCCCGGGAAGUAUUCCAAAGCCUCGUUCGCUCGUUUCGUAGGAUUAUUGCAUCUCUUUACGGAGAUGGGAGAGAGAGUUCUUGGCAAAAGAAGGAAGGCGGGUACCGCUCGCAUCGCAGGCGAUCGGCAUCUGGAAGUUCUUCAGCUUAUCAACUACAAACCGCCGCUACUGUCGUUUGA